GGACAUCCCUUCAUCUUUAAUGUCAGAUUCCAGCCCUCUACGAAAGUUUAAGCUUGUAUUUUUGGGAGAGCAGUCGGUGGGCAAAACGUCACUCAUCACUCGAUUUAUGUACGACACAUUUGACAAUACCUAUCAGGCAACGAUAGGUAUCGACUUCUUGAGCAAAACCAUGUAUUUAGAGGAUCGAACUGUUCGCCUUCAAUUAUGGGAUACUGCUGGUCAGGAGCGUUUCCGAAGUUUGAUACCAAGUUAUAUUCGUGAUUCUUCGGUUUGCAUAAUUGUGUACGACAUAACGAAUCGAAAUUCUUUUAUGAACACAAGCAAAUGGAUUGAUGAUGUGCGUGCAGAAAGAGGGAACGACGUUAUCAUAGUCUUGGUAGGCAACAAGACGGAUUUGAACGACAGGAGACAAGUAUCAGUAGAGGAAGGCGAGAAAAAAUCUCGUGAGAAUAAUGUCAUGUUUAUUGAGACGAGCGCCAAGGCUGGGCACAAUGUCAAGGCACUCUUCCGUAAGGUAGGACAUGCAUUACCUGGCAUGGAUAGUGCAAUGGCAGAUGGAGGCAGGGAGCAAAUGACUAGAGUGGAUCUGAACGAAAACAACACAGCCAAGGAAGAAGCAAGUUCUUGCGCGUGCUGAUUCAUGCCAUAGUUUUGUAUUUUCCUACAAGUGAUAUAAUAAUAAUAAAGAAACGCGGUAUUAGAUUGAUCUUCAUCCCACCGUUUUAUAACAAGAUAGACA